AUGUUUCAGUUAGUUGAUGCUCCUAGUCAAUUUGAAAUUGCUCUCAGCUCUUUGGAUUCAUUCAAGAAUGCCCAGAAGUUUGAUGAGCAUAUCUGCUUUUUUGGGUAUGGCGAUGAAGAUCAGGACCAAUUUAUGAACAUGGUUAUUGCACGUUUUCUUCGAGAUGGUAGGAGUCAUGUGACGUUUGCUCAAGGUGGCUACCGUGAUAAAGUUAGCGAACUUGUGACGCAGGCUGCUCCUACACAUUCAAUGGGCACGGAGGUGAAACAUGUCGUAUCUUCUGAUCGCUACGGAAAAAGAUAUCGCAACGAACCGUCGGUGUUUUCCAUCGAUGAUGACUCAAGCGACGAGAGCGGUGGCACAUUGUUCAACAAAACGAAUAGGAAGGAAGAGCUUCUUCUUGUUGAUCAAGCGGAGUUUAUCGAACAUUUUCAAUGUCAUGAACUUGGUGAAAACAAAGUUAUGUUGCCUUCACACAUUGCUAUCACUCGGACUCACAUGCAUAUUCUGAGAGACGUCGACAGGAAGCCGGGUUUUGUGACUACUGAGGCUCGACAUCCUUUGUCUUCAGUUCUGCGGGUUACUAGUAAGAAGAAAGUUCCGGAGUUGUUGACAUUUAAAUUUGGUUACGAGGUGAAUGGUGUGUCGAAAGUUACAUCUGUUCACAGGUUUCUUGUACCAAAAGCUGGGGAAUGCGCAAAGGCUGUGAAAACGGCUAUAUUUGCUCUUCGUCCAUUGUCAGACUCUGAAUCAACCGAAAUAAGCUUUGCUACGGGCUGA